GUUGCAGCACAGAGCUGACUUCACCCAUAACAGCUCUGUGCAGCUCCUUGUGGCUGCCCAUCAGUCUCUGCAUGCUGCCCACCCUCAGCACCCUGCAGCAGAGAUGGCCUGGCCAGCUGCCCCGGCCCCCUCUGCUCGCUGCCAAGCCAGCAGCAAGGGACCUUCACUGGGUGCUGGAUCUGCAACACUGAGCCCUGUGUUCCCCGUGCCAUAACUCUUUCAUUUAAUGAGGAGGAGAGUGGGAGUAGGGAGAACACUUUUUUCCUUCUCCUCCUCCUCCUCCUCUUCAUCAUUUGUCCCUGCAGGUGUCCUGGCAGCUGCCUGCAGAGCAAACCCAUGUCUCUCCCUGUUUCUCACUGCUUUGCAGUGUCUGUAUAUAUAAGCAGAGUUCAGUCCCCUCCGUUCAGAGGCAUUUCUGAGCCAGAGUUUCUGCUGAGCCGUUGGCUGUGUCCUCAGACAACCAGCAGGGUAUAAAUACAUUGCUGGGCCAACAGGUGCCCACGGCCAGCGGGUUUCCAUGGCCCUGAGCACAAACACAGUGCCAGUGCUAGUGCAGCUGCUGCGGGGCUGCACUCACGGCAAGCUUAUGGAAGUAGGCACAGCCAGAGCCAGCCAGCAGCACUGAGCCCUGUGCUACUGCACGGGCAGAUGACAGACUGCAUCCAGGUUCUGUUUUGUGUGCCUUCCAUCUGGUGUCCUAAUCUAGCAUCCAACCUUGAAACAAAGACUGCUCACCCAAGGCUAGGCAGCUUUGGGAAGAAAUGCAUCCCACUGCCCAAACUCUGCCCCCAGGUCACAUCGAGCCCUGAGCUGCCAGCAGUGUCUGUACCCUGCCAAGAGAAAUAAAGUGGAUGGUCUCUUAAACAAUGCUGCCUGGUGUUGUCUGCAGUAACACGGAAAACAUGGGCUUGUGAUAAGAGAUGGUGUAGACAUAUGGGAACAGCCCCAGCUCUCCCCACUUGCAGGCUGUCCCGUAGCUGUGUCAAAAAGACAAAGCUCUGUACACGUGGGGACAGGAGGGUGGCACAUGGGGUGAUGUUGUGCCAUGGGAAAAUGAAUGCUAGGAUCUCGGUGAGCCUCUGUCACAACAGCCCAAAACUGCCUCUCCUUAACUCAAGAGUGAUGAUGGGAAAAUGGAAAUUUGAAACAUUUCCAGCUAUUAAGUGCUUUUGCAUUUAUUUUUGGCCAAUGAGAUGCUCAGGCUGCCUGUGGGGGCUGUGCUCUGUAACUCUUCCAGGAAAAUAAGCAUGAAGAGAAAGUGCAGGAUCCUGACAGAAGGGAGGCAGAGACCAAGGCAGAGAUGGGGAACAAAACAUGGGCAGACCUGGCCGGGGAGAUGAAGACUUUCCUGUGGAACCCAGAGGAGAGAACCUGCAUGGGGAGAACAGCCAAGAGCUGGGGCCUGAUCUUACUGUUCUACUUCAUCUUCUACACGUGCCUGGCAGGGAUGUUUGCCUUCUGCAUGUAUGUGAUGCUGCUCACCCUGAGUCCCUACACACCCACCUACCGGGACCGUGUGUCUCCACCAGGAGUAAUGAUCAGACCAUACCUGAACGGCUUUACUAUUGCCUUCAACGUCUCCAAGCCCAGCACGUGGCAGCCAUAUGUGGACAGCAUGCACCAGUUCCUAGCAGCUUAUGAUGACAAAGUUCAAGAGGAGAAGAACAUCGAGUGCGUCUCAGGACAGUACUUCAUCCAAGGGGGCAACGACAGUGAGGAGAAGAAGGCCUGCCAGUUCAAGCGCUCACUGCUGCAGAACUGCUCAGGGAUCGAGGAUCCGACAUUUGGCUUCUCUAAGGGCCAGCCCUGCAUCCUGCUGAAGAUGAACCGGAUCAUAGGCUACCGCCCUGGUGCUGGGGUCCCUGUGAACGUGGACUGCAAAGUGCAGAAAGGCAAUGAGAGCGAUCUGAGGUCAGUGGACUUCUACCCUGGAAACGGCACAUUUGACCUCAUGUAUUACCCCUACUACGGCAAGCUUACGCACGUCAACUACACGUCCCCCCUGGUGGCCAUGCACUUCACAGACGUGAAGAGGAAUAGUUUGGUCCACAUUCAGUGCAAGCUGAACGGGAAAGGAAUCAUCAAUGACGUUAACAGCGACCGCUUCCUGGGCCGGAUCAUCUUCACACUCAGCAUUGGAAAGUAGCCAGCAAACACAAGGCGUGAGGUUAAGUCAGUCAGAGGCUUUUCCUUUUUAAAACAUAAAGACAGCAUUUUUUUUUUUUUUUUUCCACUAGGAAAUUUUUGUUAACUUAUUCUUUUCUUUUUUUUUUUAUAGUUAGGAAACAAAUGAGAUGCAGUAGCAUCUUUCAGCAUCUGAUAAAUCACAAUUAGUAAAUAUUGAAAGUUACACCUUGGGCAGAGAACUUGCAAAAGUAUUUCAGUUUUUAUUAGAAGAACCCUGGUACCUGAACACUGUUUCCAUAAGAUCAUGUGACCUGUUUUAAUCUUUACAAUAGUUUUAGUGCACUUCUCAGGCAAUAGCUAACGAGAUGGUGGCUUAUCAGUACUAUUCCUGUUCAAGUACCAAACAGCAAACGUUCUGGAUGAUGCUUGCGAUGACAGUUAACAAAAUACAAUGGCAAACCUUAAAGUGCCACUGGGACUGCUGGCAGCAGCAGCACCCUGCCUGCAGCUCUGCCCACCCGGCCCAUACAGGGUGCUGCAGCCAAGGCUGCUUGGCCCCAUCCCCAACUCCUGGGCCAGCAGUGCAGCUGUGCCAGCCCUGAGAGGCCUCAACAAGGCUUCCUUGGUGUUAAGGAUGAUCACGUUGAUUGCUAUCUUUGUUCCAUAGGACAGCAAGGCACAGCAGUGAUUUCAGCAUCUAGGCAAACACUUUGUUUCUACAAGCACUCAGACUCACUUUAGUUUUGAUUGUUUGGAAAAUGAGAUUUUUUGUUAUACUCGCCUUCAUAUUUAACAUACAGAGGGCGUAUUUCUCCUCUCAGUUACAAUCAGGACAGGACACCUUAGGACCAUGCACUUAGGAAAGCACACUUAGUAAAACUACUGACUGAACGAGAGCAUUGUGGUAUGUUUGCCCUACAUCCUCGUCCAGAUACUUAAUCUGCCAUCACUGCUGAUCUAUAUAGGUCUCUAAGAAGCCCUUUUUUGUAUUUAUUAAAAAUAAAGUGACUACCGUCUAAUUAACUCUAUGGUAUCAUUCUUAAAACCCAAGUGGGAUUUGUGACUUCUGCCCCUUCACUGCUUGCAGGGGACCAACCUUCACAGCUGAGAGUACUGCGAGCAGUGAAUCCUGAGCACCAGUAAGCUCCCAGAGCCACAGAGCUCGGAAGCUCAGUGCAGAGAAAUCUCACACUAUGAUAUCACAGCUGACCAUUCAGCAACAGCUGUUUCUUAAAAACCAUCAAAAAUAUUAACCAGAGAAUAGCUUCUGCUGACAAAGACACUGCAGUGGCGCUGCUUUUGGCAUCAGAAAUAAGUUACGACCACAGGUAUCACAAUCACUGUAGGUCUGUUAAAGCACCCUUGCUUCUGCUGGAUCCCCAAGGGAAACAUCCCCUGUUGCUUCAGGCCAACCCACAGGGCUGCUGAGAAGCCCUGGGAAACGCACGUCUGCUUAUGCUAAAGCAGAACUGCACCACCAUCAGAGUUCAGCUGGUUUUCCAUACACGUUCUGCACUCAGCAGGUUCAUUCCAACAUCUGGAGAAUUGUAUACCAUAUCAUUGUAUGUAUAUAUGAUAUCAUCAAUGUAUAUCAUUCUUCAUACUACAGCCUUAAAGUGCCAGCUCAGUUUCUGAUCUCUAUUGAAGUCCAGAUUAGUCCUUUCUAUGCACAUAUAUAUGUAUAAAAUGUGUGUACAUCCAGGAAAUCGCCGUAUUUUAGCAAAAUAAUGCAGCAAGCGAUGCUGAAGUGGUGUGAGACAGUUUGAUCUACAACCUGAGCACAGAGCUGCAGCCAGAAUGCACUUGCUGCAGCAGAGCAGAGGGCCCAUCACUGGUAACUCCAGGCAGCUCCACGAGCCACCUCUGUCUGACCAACACACGCUGGUGGGAGCAAAGCAGCACUCAGCCACAGACCACGAGCUUCUCUUUUAGUACAGUUCUGGUAUGGAACACAGAACUGGAAAAAAAGAAGAGGAAAAGCAGCUUUGGACAAGUCAGGUGCUCUUUUCCUUUACAAGUCACUUUCUUUACUAUAGAGUUUCUGCUUCACGCUCACCAUUUCUCAUACCAGAGGUGUUGUGCUCUUACCCGGUUCAAAAUUUUGUUUGUGAGAGUAAUAAUUAGGAGGUUAAAGCCAGAUUAAUCCUAUAAAUAAAUUCCUAGACUGCAGCUUUUCAGCGAUCCCCUUUUUGCCAGUGAAACUGCAGGGAUCUCAGCACAAGGCGCCCUUCAUCCUCAGAACAUCCAAGCCUCAUGCUGGGGACUGGUGCUGCCUGGUCCCCUUUAGCACAGAGCCAGAGCUGAGGCAACCUGCUGCCAUUGAGGCUCCACCCUCCCAUCGUCAUUCCACAACUGAAUUCUUGAAAAGAAGAAGACAGCCAAAGAAAGCAACACAAAAUGUGAGCUUUAGUGGACUGCUGGCUUUCCUGAGCAGUGAGAGCCCUCCAGGACUGAGUCCCAUCUUAGCAAACAGGGGAGUUACAGGCACA